UGUUCUGGAGUUUCACGCCUUAAAGUGACACAGUGUGCGUGAAAAACAAGGACGCAGUUUGUUUGUCAGUCAGUUACGCAAGACAUUUGUUAAUUAUUUACUCUGCGCUUUUUCAGUAAGCUACGUGCAUUCUAAACUUUAGAACCGUUAGACAUGAACUGAUCAAUAUAGUGUCCUGCCUAUCAACUUACACAACUUCAUCCCUGAAAGCUCAUGCAUUUCUAAGAGAAGAUUUACUAAACGAAUGUCACUUAAAUGUUCGUGACAUUUCCGUCAACCAAUUUAACAUCAACCGGGAUGUCCUGCUCUGCUCUCCGUGGACGGCUGGUUGCAUGUCUCCUGAACAUCUCAGAAGCUCGGAGAAGAGACCUGGUGGAGAGGGUGGCUAGAUCAGCCAUCACAGACACGCAUGGGAAAAAGCGUGACGGCAUCACGGUGCUUAAUAUCUUCAAUGAUGUUGACUACAACCGCUCUGUCAUCACUAUUGUUGCAAGCAUUGACCUGAUAAGGGAGGCUGUGCUGUCGGCUUGUGAGAGCGCAUGCUCUCUGAUUGACAUGAAUGUCCAUGAGGGCAUCCACCCAUGCAUGGGUGCAGUGGAUCUGGUGCCUCUCUAUCCGCUGGGGGAGGAGGUGGGCCUUGAGGAUUGUGGAAAAGAGGCCCAGGCAUUAGCCAAGGCUUUAACGGAGCGAGUCGUAGGUACCAGUGCCUUUUUGUUUGGCUGGGCUGAUUCUCCUCAGCGUCGAGGUCUGGCUAAGAGGAGAAAGGAGAUUGGCUGGUUCAAAAAGGUCUUUGAUAUGUCAACCAUCCAACCAGAUGUAGGUCCUCAGCCCACAAGGAAAUAUGGUGUUACAGGUAUAGGAGCCAGCCCCUAUGUCAUGAACUGUAACGUGACCAUAGAUACCCAGGAUCUAGCUGUGGGCCGAAUGGUGGCUUCAGCAAUCCGUGAAUCCAGUCCUGGUGGUAUUCCUGGAGUUCAGGUCAUGGCUCUGCCACAUGAAGGGGCCGUGGAGAUCGCUUGUAAUGUGGAGAGUGUUCAAGGUGGUCCUUCGUCUUCAUCUUAUGGUGAGGAUAAUUGGCCAAGCUUUACCAUUGGAGGGCAAAGUUUCUGCCAUGCUCCAGCCUCACUAAUCAAAGCACGGGUAGCAGAGCUGGCUAGACACCAUUGUGUGGCCAUUAAGGGUAUGGCUCUGGUGGGUUUUACCCCACGUGAGUGCCAGAGACUGGCAGAGGGAGCACUCACAAAUGGCAUUGGAGAGUUCUGGAGAGAGCUGCAGCGUGUGCACAUGUGAUCAAGAGCAGAGGUAUAUUUCAGCCAAACAUUAUAUUGUCAUUUACUCACCCUUAUCUCAAUUCAUCACUUUCAAUGUCUUUUGUCCUCCUAUGGAACAUGAGCUUACGAAAAUACUGGGAUAUUUUCCAAAAAAAAAAAAAGUAAAGCAAGUUUAGAAUGACAUGAGGGUAAGUAAAUUAUGACAGAAUUUUCAUUUAGUCUCCAUUAAUAGUGUUUGGUUCCAAUCUUUUUAUUAAAAAGCUUGAAACGCCUGAUUAAUGGUGGUUUAUCUCAUGUUUUGUGUCAGUUUGUUGUGAUGGAAAAAAGGCUGGGAAUAAUUAAGCAUUGAUAAAAUCGGACAAAUGUAGGCAUGCUUGGAGUAACUGUGUUAUAUGGAACACUUCAUAUGUUAAUGGAUAACAUGCCAUUAAAACUUGUUUGGGAUGUUUUUAAUUGCUGAA